ACGAUGGGGGGUGGGGAGCGACGUGGCAAUAUAUAUAUGUGAUAUUAGGCUGAAGAGUACUUAUUUAGAAUCAUGUGUGAUAUGUCGCUCUACACUUAAAAGGCAUUAAAUGACUUAAUUUUUCUUUUAAUUGUCUGUGCCUUGUCAUGGAAUAAACAAUGAAAAAAAAAAACAAUCUUUACUACCAUUUCUCCUGGAAACGUCUGAAGUAUUUCUUUCGAUAUUGUGGUUAUUUGGUAUAACUGCCAUUGAUAAUAGGUCUGCAUAACAUAUUUAAGAAAUUAUGAUGUACUUUUCGUAACUCAAACCAUCAAUUCCUUAUUGUUCUAGUAUGCAAAAAAAAAAAAAAAAAAAGGUAAAUUCCCAUAGAUCACUCAACAAGAUGGCAAGGUUUUGGGUGCAUCUGCUGAUCAUAAGCUCCGCCCACAGACAAUGUAUUAACUUCGAUGAGAGCGGAGCGGGAUCUCGUGCCACCUGUACCAGCAAGAUCAAGAUCCCCACACACACACACACACACACACACACAGUUCAAAAGUUUAAAGUUCAAAACACACAAACCUAACACCUCCAAGCUAUAAUAUAACUCCAGACCAGCACAGCAGCGAUACAUGUCUGAUAUACAGUGAUAAACCUACUUAACUCACUGAAGCACCUAGUGGUCAAGAUGAGCGAGGGGAGAGGGACAACACAGGGGAAGGAUGAGAACACCAGGAGGCAGAAUGUCAAAGUAAAGAGAGAUGAUGAAGCAACAUUCUAUUCCCCUCGGCCUCUCAGGGAGUUGUUUGGCCUGCAUCCCGCCACCACAGAGCCACAGAGGUACACUGAGGGACACGAGUACAUGAGGGACACCAGGCAGCCCAGACCAGGCAUGGAGAGGAAAAGGGCCCGGAAGAGGAAGAGGAGGGAGACAGAGGCUCCCAAGGAUCUGAGGGCUACUGUUGUUGAGCACAGAGUGACAGACAAUUUGGAGAGAGAAACCACAUGCUCCUCCAUCUUCACUCACUCCUUUGAAGCUGUCUCUUCCCACUCCCGGGGUAUUGCCUCUGCAGGCUCACCACAAGACACAGCCUCUCCUGUUCAGUCCAAUGACAUCUCAUCAUGUUCUGAGGUGGAGGUCGUGACGAGCAUAAUUCAGCCGAAGAGGAAGGCAAGAAAGGGAAAGAAAAGACGCAUCACAUCCAAGCUGAGCCUCUCUCAGGGCUCCACCAAACACCUCCACCAGUCCUCACAGUCCUCGCAGUCCUCUCAGUCCUCACAGUCCUUGCAGUUCUCACAAUCCUCGCAGUCUUCACAGUCCUCACAGCCGUCACACACCCUAGACAGUGUGCACUUCGUGAAGGCGGUGGUGCAUAGACCAGACUACACCAGCAGCAGCUCCAUCAGUCACAGCAAGCAGACUACUCAGGACAACACUGAUGGCUUGGAUCCAAGUCGAUGCAUUGCCAGACGAGACACUUCACCAAGGUCAGGGAGUGUGCCUGCUUCUGUCACACAAGCCAAGGUGGCUCAGCCUAUGCAGCGCCUCAAGCAGUCUGUCUAUACACUGAGUCACAAGCCAGCCACUGGGCAGAGUGGUGAGGUGAAGGCCAGCACUUCUCCAGCAUGUCGGCACACAAACAGUGCUGGCAGUGGCUACACGGAAAUGCUUUCUUUUCUCCAUCAUCCAACUGUGGCCCAGCACCUUCACAGUCACAAGCCAUCGCACAGCCACACACAGCCACAACAGUCUUGUGUGAGAGAGGAUGUCAUCACUCUCACCUCCGACUCUGAUGACUCAGACCCAAGUGUGUAUUAUGAAGCUUUCUCACACUUGUCCUUCCUUGACAAGCCCCAGCCAGGUCCAUCAGGCAUGCAGCGCCCUACAGGCGAUGCAGUGCAGGUUGCCAGGCAAAAAGGGGAUGCCGACACAUCCAGCAGUUCCUUGUCUGUGAGAGAGAGUGACUACACAUCACAUUCCUUCUCAAGCUCCGAUUCCAGCACCUUCAUAACUGAGUCCAUGCUGAGCAAGACUGUUCUGAAUAAGCAGCAGCAAGCAAGGAACACUCAGAUGCAGACAAAGCAUGAGGCACACCAGGAAGGAACCAGCCUUACAAAGCAAAGACAGACCAGAGUACACUCACAACAACUUGCCUGUCAUCCUGACAUGAGGCAGACCAGUCAUCACCCAAGGACAAGCUUGAGAAAACCAGCAAACACCAUGAGUUGGGAGGAGAGUGAGUAUGUGGAGGAAGCAAACACAGGAGCUUCAGGAUGGAGGCCACAGCGAGCACAGCAGGCUGAGGCUAGUGACGUGAGCAGCAGCACCUCAGAUGGCCUGAGCGAGGAGGAAGCAAAGGGUCGCCUGGUGCAGGGAGUCCAGAAGUCAUGUGCGAGGGUUGCCUCGAGGAUGAGCAGCAGCACUCCAGAUGGCCUGAGUGGGGAGGCUGCAAGGGGUCGCUUGGUGCAAGGGGCCCAGCAGUCAUGGAAGAGGACUGCUUCCAGGCUGAGCAGCAGCACCGUGUCCUCCUCAUCUUGUGGCAGCAGCAGUGACAGCAGUGCCCUGCUGACCAAAGCAGGGAAAGGCUGCAUACAGACUAUUGGUGAGGUGUUCCAGCGCUACUUUGGGGGCACCGUGGAGGACAAACUGACACUGCUGCAGAAAAAUAACUUUAAUCUGCUGCACUGCCUUGUUGAACUACAAAAAGCCUCCCCACCCCCCCAGCCCCACCAGCCCCCAGCCCCUGGCCACCGACCCUCCCCCAGGCCACCCACACCAUGAGCCUGGCCCCCGCCCUCCUCCGUGCUGCCUGGGGUGUGGGUACAGGUGGGGUGUGGAGGUGCUGGUUCACUCAAAGGCUCAUCUCUACUUGAGCUGCAUAGUGUUUAUUUAUUUAUUUAUUUAUUUGUGUCAUGUACUCGUAUGGAUGUUGUAAAUGACAAUAUUAAAAGCUUAAAAGUUUUCAUUCCUUGCGCUGAUUCUUUUGUUCCUAGGCCAGAGCACCUGCUAAAUAAAAUAAAUAAAAUAAAAUAAAAAACAAUAAUAAGGU